GAUGCAGCAGACAUCAUACAGCAGCAGUUUGUUUGGAUAAGGUGUGGCGCAGCGCUGUCCCCUGCAGGUGUGCAGACGAGCGGAGACACCACCUGCUGUUACACGAGAGGAGAAACCCACCGGACUCACCGCCGGAGACCGAGAGGAAGAUGAACUGGGGCUUUUUGGAGAACAUCCUCAGCGGGGUGAACAAGUACUCCACUGUGAUCGGGCGCAUCUGGCUCUCCGUGGUCUUCAUCUUCAGGAUCCUGGUGUACGUGGCGGCGGCUGAGCAGGUGUGGAAGGACGAGCAGAAGGACUUCGUGUGCAACACCCGGCAGCCCGGCUGCGAGAACGCCUGCUUCGACCACUUCUUCCCCAUCUCGCAGGUGCGCCUCUGGGCCCUGCAGCUCAUCAUGGUGUCCACCCCGUCCCUGCUGGUGGCCCUGCACGUGGGCUACAGGGAGCACCGGGAGGCCAAGCACAAGUGCAAGCUGUACAAGGACAAAGGGAGCAUCGACGGAGGUCUGUUCUGCACCUACAUCGUCAGCCUGGUCUGCAAGAUAACCUUCGAGGCCGGCUCCCUGUUCGCUUUCUACUACCUGUACGGCGGCUUCCAGGUGCCCAUGCUGCUCCGCUGCAGCCAGAGUCCCUGUCCCAACACGGAGGACUGCUUCAUCGCCAGAGCCACGGAGAAGAAGAUCUUCCUCUACAUCAUGGGCUGCACCUCCAUGCUGUGCAUCGCCCUGAACUUCGCCGAGCUCCUGUACAUCGUGUGGAAGCACUUGUGGAAAUAUUUCACGCGGCGGUACGUCCCCGUGAGGGAGAAGGCGGUCAGCCGAUGCCGGUCACCUGUUUCCAUUGUCAACGAGUUUGUGUCAGCUGAGCCCACAGUGAACACGGAGGACGGCACCACGCAGCCGGCUGAAAACCAGCCUGUCCAGUCCUAGAGGCGCUGGGAAGGACUGGGAGCUCAUGUUCCCACCUCAAAGGGAAACCACAGAGGAACUGGCACGGACACUGCUGACACCUGAUAAUAAUGUGCGAUGAUAAACAAACAAAACAAGAGGUAAACAGAUGUGAGGUGCAGUUUGGCCUUAAGAGAAAAGCUUUGAGCAGACUAAUUAUGGAUAUUAAUUAACAGACAAAAAAACAUUACACAUUCGUAUUCCUCAUUUAAACAUUUUGAAAUCGUCUUCUGUGAUUUGGAGAUUACAAAAACAUUGUUUAGCGUGUUUACCGGGCAGGGAAGGUCAAAUCAAAGUUGCAUUGUGGGAAAUGUAGGAUCCAGUGUUUUUGGAGUUUGGACCUUACCGAGGACUUUAAUCAUUCCCAACACGCUUGUGCUUUCCUGCUCAAUGUCUGCUGUGGAAAGAGCUCCAUUUAACACAUCUAAAUGAUUUAUUUGGGGUCAUAAUGCAGCUGCAGAGCUGAACUGGAGGUUCCGCCGGUUAUAAAUGAAGUCAGUUAUUUGGAGUCAUUUGCUAAAACUCCUUGUAAAGUAAAAGUAGUCUUUGAUGUCUUGAGAGCAAUUUGGACCAAACAAAUUAAAUAUAUCUCCAACUAUCGUACAUGAGUUCAGAGGCCCAACAUGUUAAAUAUAAAACAAACAGGACAUACAGGAAAUUAUAAUAAAAACAAUAAUCCUGCUACUUUGUGAGUGGGGAUUGUCUUUUUUUUGUCAACCAAGACAAAAAGAGCUGCUGCUUUGACUGAAUGAGAGCCGACAGCCAAUCACAUAACUAGCACUGCAUGUCUGAAAAGUAUUUAUCAUAUAUUGUACCUGGAUUAUUCAUGUGAUGACGUACUCGGCCGUCUCCUGAAGUUCAGUUUAGUUCAGUUCGUCCAAACACAUUCAAAACAAUAAAAGUGAACAAACUGUUUUCAGCCGCUGAGAUGAAACAAAGACAAUAGUGUUACACAGGUUGUGUGUAUUCUGAAAGUCAGUUUGAAAAUAUUUCUCUGUUCUUUAUUUCAAUUUGUAUCAUUUGUCAAUACUUACUGGAUUCCUCGAGAGGAUGAAGAGACUUCAACUUAUUUUGUCUAAAGCAAUGUUUAGCACAGGCUGGUACGUGUACGAUGAAUAUUUAAAUAAGCAUCAAAAUGAACAGGUUAGUUAUUUGUUGCUCUUUGUGUAGCUGCACUUUGUUUAGAAUGAAUGUAACAUCAGAUCAUGCUGUUCAAUGACAAUUCUACUGCUUGUGAUUAUGUGAAGUGCAAUAAUAAAUUAAUAUAUAUACACACCACUAAA